UCUGAAAAAUUCCCGAUCAAAAAUCAAAAAUCAAAAAUUUCAACGUAAAGUUCUUAAAAUGAUGUGGGUGAUUGUGAGCGAGUCAGACUCCAACCAGGAAGUGGCGUAGAUUGGCCGAGUUGACGCGGGACGAUGAUGGGUUUGCGUUGGAAGCCGACGAUACCAAAACCCGAAUCGUUCCCAGCGCUCUGAAUUUCAAUCUUGGUACGGCUAUUCUGGCUAUUUGGGGGGAAAAAAAAAAAAAAAAAGAUAUAGAAUGCUAAAGGCUAUUCAGAUUCUGGGUUCUUCUUCAGGAUUCGUUUCGCAUCAUUGGAAACGCCAUACAAGUGCUGGGUUUUCCUUCGUAGCAAUCUCCAUCAAGCCCUUGUCAUCUACUUCACCAUCGCGUUCUUGUUUAAGAGGAGUAGCCACAACUAGUACUUCAUCGUCGUUCUUGCCCAUGUCUUCUUCAACUAGCCGAACUCAUUGUUCCAGCGUAUUUCCCUCCUCAGUUCGUUCUGAGUCAAACCCAGGUGGCACUUCAUCGUCAUCAUCGUCAGUUGCGGUGCAGUCAGCUGGUAAUGCUCGCAAGAUCAACUUUUGUCAGUGGUGUGGGGGCGCAACAAAGCAUGAAAUACCUGACGGAGAGGAGAAGAUAAGAGCUAUUUGUACAGUUUGUGGGAAAAUUGCAUACCAGAACCCAAAAAUGGUUGUGGGUUGUCUAAUCGAGCAUGAUAACAAGGUCCUACUUUGCAAGAGGAAGAUUCAACCAUCAUAUGAUCUUUGGACUCUUCCUGCAGGUUACAUGGAAAUUGGGGAAUCAGCUGCAGAAGGGGCAAUCAGGGAAACAUGGGAGGAAGCAAAUGCAGAAGUGGAAGUGAUAUCUCCUUUUGCUCAACUGGACAUCCCUCUGAUUGGCCAGACUUAUAUAAUUUUCUUAGCAAAGUUGAAGAAGCCCAACUUUUCACCUGGUCCAGAGUCAUCAGAAUGCCAGCUUUUUGCACUUGAUGAUAUACCUAUUAAUUCUCUGGCAUUUUCGUCAAUGCUGGUUUCCUUGAAUUUGUAUGUUGAAGAUGUUAAGGCUGGAAGAUUCAAGUUCCACUAUGGUACCAUUAAUAAAAGGCCGGGCACAAGUCCUUCUGACAUUCACGCCUUUACCCUUGAUUAUCAUAUGCAAUUGUGACACUUGAUGGUGAUUCCCUUUCCAUAUCCUGUGAGGUGGCAAAAAUAACCUUUGCUGGUUGCAGAAGGAAGCCGGUGUUUGAAAGUUUGAAUUAGAGCUUCGAAGUAUAUUGGGCACACUGGAGGUGUAGAACAACCUUGGAAAAUACCGUCUGUAUCUUCUCCAGCCCUGGAGUCCAAUGGAUUCUGUUUUACUCAGUGGAGUUUAACAUCAAAUUCUGACAUUCUUUCUGCAAUUUGGAUAUUGGAAACAAGUCAGGUUGAUCAGCCGCUCAAUUUAUUGAUCUGAAAUGAAUGUUAAUUCUCUUUCCCUCCCUGUCCUAGGAAAGAGCCAAGUUGUGUGAUAGCCGUGGGAGGAGAUAUUGUAAUAUGCAAGUACAUAAAAAAAAAGGUCGAAGUGAAAAUAAAUCAGUUGCUCCAAAGAAAACCAACAUUUAUCUUCUUGUAUUUCAUUUUGCUGAUUGUCUCUCAGAUGAUAAAUUGGUGCUCAAAGAAAGGAAAGAAAGUUGGGUUUUCUAUGUUUUUAACUUA